UUUGCCUUUGAAAAAUUAGACAUUUUGACUAUUCUUUGUAAAAUUUCCUCCAAUACGGUGCUUUUAUUGGUGCUUUUGGUAGAAAUAUAGCACAGAAGACACAAUGAGGCAUUAUGGGACUAAAGAACAAAGGUUUGGUACUGGGUGUGUAUGAACCAGCUUCAGAAAGUGAGCCCCUUGUGUUGACUCCAGCCGCACAGAGUAUAAACAGCAGAACUGGGGGAAAACUUGUUGAACUUCUGGCAGUAGCUGGGAAGAAACUGAAGGCUGGACACACCAGAGUACUGCAUGGAGUGGACAAAGAGUUCUCUUCCAUUGCUGUUAGCUGUAUUGGGAAGCAAGGUCAAGGCUACAAUGAGCUGGAGGAGAUUGACGAAAGUCGAGAAAGUGUCCGAACAGCUGUCGGAGGUGGAGUUAAAGUAAUGCGAGAUUUGCAUGAGUUGGAUGUAUCUGUGGAUCCCUGUGGCCAUCCAGAAGCUGCGGCUGAAGGAAGCAACCUUGCUUUGUUUGUUUAUGAUGAGCUGAAGGACAAAGACAAGCGGAAACCUCACGUUUGGCUGUCAUGUUACACGGAUCACAUACGUGGCGAUGCAGAAAGUGCAACAGAAGGCUGGCGACAAGGCACGGUACAGGCAGAGGGACAGAAUUUUGCACGGUUACUCAUGGAAACACCAGCGAAUCACAUGACCCCAACCAUUUUUGCAAACCGAGUGCUAGAAAAGCUUGGCAUUUUAGAAGAUUUUACAAUAAAUAGCAGGGACAUGGCUUGGGCUGAACAUCACAAGAUGGGAGCGUUUUUAUCGGUGACCCAGGGAUCUGUGGAACCUCCAUUGUUCUUGGAAAUAGAAUAUCGUGGAGCACCAAAAGAUAACUCUCUAUUUGCUCUGGUGGGCAAAGGUGUUACAUUUGACAGUGGUGGAAUAUCUCUGAAGCCAGGGACCAAUAUGGAUAAGAUGAGAGCAGAUAUGGGUGGUGCCGCUUGUGUGGUCGGCGCACUCCUUGCGAUUGGUCAACUUAAGUUACCAAUUAAUAUCAGAGGUUUCAUUCCUCUGUGUGAGAACAUGCCGAGUGGGAAGGCUACGAAGCCUGGCGACGUCGUCACCGCCAUGAACGGGAAAACAAUACAGGUGGACAAUACUGAUGCUGAAGGCAGAUUGAUUCUAGCCGAUGCUCUGUGUUAUGCUGAGACCUUCAAACCCAGUCACAUCCUCGACAUCGCCACAUUGACUGGUGCAAUGGCGGUUUCCCUGGGGUCUGGUGUGACUGGUGUGUUCUCCAACUCUACACCGACCUGGGACAUACUACACAAGGCUGGAGCUCGGACGGGGGACAGAGUCUGGAGGAUGCCACUCAUGAAACACUACUCUAAACAAGUGACCAAGUCUGACCUCGCCGAUGUCAACAACAUCGGCACACAAAGUCGAGAAGGGGGAUCGUGCACUGCAGCUGCUUUUCUUAAGGAAUUUGUCACCAAUAAGAACUGGCUUCACUUGGACAUUGCUGGUGUUAUGAUGAACAAAGCAGAAGUGCCGUACCUUGGCAAAGGCAUGUCAGGUCGGCCAACUCGAACUUUGGUUGAAUUUCUUAGACAACUUUCAAAAAUGAAUUCCUGAAAUGAAGGACCUGUUACAAUUUUCAUGCUGUCUGGGAAGACUUCAUGAAUGCUAUGACAUUGUUUACAAAGAUAAAUAAAUAUUGUAAUAUCCAAAAGCUAUCAAGGACAUUAUAUUACAGGGUUUUAUUUCUGAAAUUUGACUUGACGCCCAUGGCUUUGACUUUAGGAAUUUUAGCGUCGUUUUACUAAAAAAAAAAAUCAGUGGCAAAACGUAUUAAACUACCUCUGUAAGUUAGAAUUUUUAAAACAGUAAUAUUGUGCAUGUACUUGUACUUAUUCAAAUUAAUGUAUCUGUUUGUCAGAUAUAUUAAAUUACUUUAAAAUACUAUUAAAGGCAUAUUGUCAGAUCACUGACCUAUUUAAUGACCUAACAUAAGUAUUACCUGAACAAAAAUAAUUUGAUUUGUCCCUAAAUGUACU